AUGGCGUGGUCGAGUUUCAUCGGAACUUUCGGAGGUUUGCUGGGACUCUACACUGGGAUGUCUUUCAUCUCGGUUCUGGAGUUGCUGGAAUGGAUCUUGGACAUGUUCUUGUACGGCUGGAGGAAGCCACGUCAAGAUAAGAUGGGACCGAAACGACGAGCGAUUCUCGACUUCAGCCUGCUUGGCAUCACGAUUGAACAUCUGGAGGCUGAGGGAUUGAGAGAGAAGGGCUUGACGAUUUUCCCACAUCUGAUGCAACUCAUCCCAGCCAUCUUUGAGGGCCUUGAGACGCUCGCGCAGAAACAUGCGGGCUCGCCUCUCAAGUGCCAACUUCACAAGCUCAUCAAAAGCAUCCUGUAUUCCAGGAGGAUUGGAUUUCGUAAGCUUCUCAAACUGAAUGAGAUCAGGACGAUGCUUGUGGAUGAGGGCAUUGAAGGCAAGUCCAUCGCGCCACGAUGUGGUGAAGUUGCGUAUAUUCACAUUGUGAUAUCCGGCUGUCUUCAUCUGACACCAGAGGAGCAAGGCAUCUUUGGCGGACUUUGUCUCCUGGCUCUCAGUCUCCUCAAUCGGUCAUCAAACCUGGAAGCGAAGGAUGAUGGUCCAUAUGAGACCAAGUGUCAGCCUGGGAUUCCCAUCAACAAUAUCGUGUGA